AUGUUGUUGCUUGACUACGAAAAUGUUCUUAUCCGGUCACUCCUAACGGAGCGAUUUUCUGGAGCCCCGCCGGCAUCUAUUGACCAGAUCGUGUCGGACUUCGAUGGCGUGACAUUCCAUCUAUCUACUCCCGAGACGAAAACAAAGAUUCUCAUCUCUAUCAACGUGAAAUGUUUCCGAGAACUGGUUCAGUAUGGUGCCCAGCAGGUCCUGGAAAGGGAAUACGGUCCUUACAUUGUUGCCCCCGAGCCGGGCUAUGAUUUCUCUGUUUUAAUUGAUUUGGAAGACCUCCCCGAUGAGCAGACAGCGAGAGAGGACCUUGUCAUGCGGUUGGCUUUAAUGAAGCGCAACGCAAUGGCUGCCCCGUUCGAGAAGGCUUUCGACGAGUUCGCGCAGCUAGCGGAGGAGGCGUCGAGGUAUACCUCCGAGUCGGCGCCCGCGGGACUUGAAGAGGGUGGAGAGGUCAUGACGAUCCAUUACCGGGAGGAAGAAGCCAUCCACAUCAAGGCUAGCCAUGACCGAGUGACUGUCAUUUUUAGUACAGUCUUCCGAGAGGAGACAGACCGUAUCUUUGGCAAGGUUUUCUUGCAAGAAUUCGUCGAUGCCCGGCGACGUGUGUUGACUCUGCAAAAUGCCCCCCAAGUUCUUUUCAAGAACGAUCCUCCUUUGGAGCUGGCAAAUGUGCCAGGUCUCCAGGACGCUGGCGACGGUAAAGUCAGCUACAUCACCUUUGUUCUUUUCCCUCGUCAUUUGACUCCCCAACGACGCCACGAAAAUAUUUCUCACAUCCAGACCUUCCGCGACUACUUCCACUACCACAUCAAAGCAUCAAAGGCAUAUAUCCACACUAGAAUGCGCAAGCGGACCGCCGAUUUCCUCCAGGUCCUUAACCGAGCGAGACCUGAGAAUGAGGAGCGAGAAAGAAAGACUGCGAGCGGACGCACUUUCAGAGUUCAGGGAUAA